UCCCCAAUAAGGAUUCCCCUAGUCGUCCCAUGUUGAUGCCUGUGGAAAUAACACAGCUGGGAGAGAAACGAUACCUGCAACCUGUCAUCUCUGUCAAAUGGAGUGCUUUUGCUGAUGGUAGCGUGACCAGGCUUAAAGGAACUGAGGUUCACAUCCUAGAUGAAACCAGCAACCAAAGCUUGUGUGUGACUUAUCUUUUCCAUAAUAAAUUAGGGAAUACCAGGAAUCCAAAUGGCCAAAUGUGGACGUUUUCAUUAGAUAAUGUUGUGGUGGAACCCAGAAGCUCAUAUUUAGUCUCUGUUAAUAAUUUACCAAUGGGUUUAAAUUUCAAGAAUGAAAAAAAAAUUUCAAUUCCAGGAUGUGAGGAUCCCAAGAUACAAGAGGCCAGAGUAUGUGUGGAGAAUGGCAGUCUUUGGGAUCCUCACAUGGUUGUGGAUGGCAACAAAACAGAAAUGAUAGUAUUGACAUUUGACACAGGACCAUUUUCUGAACAUUACUUGGUAUCCAUCCACUACCCUGGCUUUCAGUCCGGACAUUAUGUGUCGAUGGAGAACAGAACUUCCUUAAAUGUGACUUUUGAGUUGAAUAAAUUGCAGCUGCCUCCUUGUGAAAUCAUCUUUAAGAUUCAGCCAUUUUUUAAACAGUGCAAGAAUGACUGUAAGCGUCACACACUGAGCUUUGAUUACUGCUUCUACUACCCUAGACUACCCUCUUAUAGAUGGCCUUUAAUAAUAAUGACAUCAUUGGGACUAGUGAUUUGUGGUUUCCUAGCUUGGUUACUACUAAGAGCAUCACAGACAGCUUCUGAAGAAAGUCUAUCAACCACUUCCAAAGGUGAACCUGAGGACAUUUUAGUGAAAGGAAAAAAAAAGGUUUUCAUUGUCUACUCAUCGGAUCACCCUCUGUACAUGAACAUUGUGCUAAAACUCUGCGUCUUCCUUCUGGCCAAAUGUGGCACAGAGGUGGUUCUGGAUCUGCUGGACUCUACCAGACUGAGUAUGGUGGGCAGCUUGCAGUGGUUGGAUUGGCAGAGGCAGCAGAUUGAUAGGACUUCAGAUAAGAUACUGAUAUUGUGUUCCAGGGGGGUAAGGGCCAAAUGGAGUGCUAUGUGCGGUGGGGAACCAGUCAUUCUGAAAGAGGACGCCCAGUCACCAGUUGGCGACAUGCUCACACCAGCCCUCAGUAUCAUGGUUCCCCACUUGGUGCACUCAGCAUCCUUGCAAAAGUACAUUGUGGCAUAUUUUGAGAAUGUGAGUUCUAAAGAUGAUGUCCCUUCUCCGUUCAACAUCAUAGUAAAGUACAAGUUGAUGAAGCACUUUGAGGAGGUAUUUUUCAGAAUCCUGGACGUUGAAAAGCAGGAGCCAGGCAGAGUGAAUCAUAUUGAGGGCUUAGCAGAGGAUGAGUACUUUCAUUGUUCCUCAGGAAGAGCCCUGAGGGACGCCAUUGAGAAGUUCCAUGCCUACCAGCUGGACCACCCUUACUGGUUUGAAGAGGAACUCAUAAAAGAUGAAUUAGUGGAUGAAUGCUCUUUUCAGGCAUUCACAAGGGCAGAAACAGCAGAGUGUCAUCACUCAGAGUUUAUCAGAACUCAACUUUCCGCUCUCAUCAAUGAAUAAUCAAAGCGAAUACAAUGAUAGAAAAACAAGACAUUUCAAAGGACCAGCUUCCACGCUGCUUGACCUAGAAUAUAAUGUAGAGUCAUGAUCGAUAAAGAUAACAGUAAUCCCCUCACUGUAGGUCCAGAUGUGAAUUGCAGAGGGAGAGAUUGGACUGAACUUCCAACCAGGAUCUAUUCUCUCAUCCAACAAUACUGCUUUAUGGGUCAAACUUUCAAUAGCAUUUCCUACAUUGGAUCUACCUUUUGGCAACAUUCAAGCAGCAUUUAUUUUCUAUUUUACAAAUUUGGUAAAUCUGUAAUUAUUGUACAGUAUAUCUAUGAAU